AUGAAAUAAUUAUUCCUGAAUUAUAGGCACAAUAAUGAAAUGAGAAAAAAUACAUAUCAAAUUCAAUUUAGAAAUGGGGAGACUGUUUCAUCUGAUGGAUUCCUAGAAAAUGAAAAUAAAAUUUAGAGGGCUAAUUAUACUUUUCUCUUUCCUUGGAGAGUAAUUAAGGAUAACAUCUUCUACUUUUUACUUCUUAUAUUAUAAGCUUUUUCUGCUUAGCCCUUGUAUUUUGUGGCGAUUCCCUUAAUAUUACAAGGGUGGCUGGUUGAUUUCCAUAAUUGUUUAAAAAUACGAAAAAUGGAUUAAUUGAUAAAAGAGUAAGAGGCAAAAAUUAUUAAGUAGUGGGAUGAAUGUAUUAUUAAUAAGGAAAUUAUUUCUAAAAUAAAGGAAAGAUUAGAUUAGUAAGAUUAAAGUGAGAGCAAUUAAAAAUUAAGGAGUAAGUCAUAACUUGAGAAGAAUUCGUAAAAUAAGAAAAUUGAUUAUGCACAGAGUUAAAAGAAAGGAAUUUCCAGAUCAAUUCUAUCAAAUGAUUCCAUUCCAUUUUAAUAAAUCCAAUACAAAUAACAAUAAAGUAACAAAAAUAUCAAAGCCUCUGAAAAUGUUAAGAAAUACAAUUAAAUGAGUCCAUUAAUUUAUAAAGAUAUGGCUUUGAAAUUAUAGUAAAUCUAAAUCAUGGAAACUGAUCCAUUGAUCAUUCAAUUUAAAAAGCUGGUUCCAAGCAUAUUUCCAAAAGAUUUGAUUUAAACUACAACUAAAAUACCAUUAAAUGAGAAGUUGAAAAAAAUGGAAAAGGAUAAAAUGAAUUUAAUUAAAUCCCAAAAUGCUGAAGAUAUUAAAAUAGGAGAUGUCAUUUUAUUACAAAGAAAUGAAAUAGCACCAUGUGAUAUAAUUGUUUUGCAUUGUAACGAUGAAAAUUUCUGUGUUUAAUAAUAAUUAUGUGAUUAUUCAUAAUCAACUGUUAGAAAGCCAGUGGUCUAAAAUAGAUCUGAUUCAUAAACCUUGGCUCAAUUUAAAAAGUCUUUGACUGGAAAUAUCGUAUUCCAUGAGCAGAAUUCUUAAAUAAAAGGAUUCUUUCAAUUAAAGAAAGAUCCAUAAUCUAAGAUGCUUGGAUAUGAAAACUUUAUAUUUUGUCAAGAGAAAUUAUUGGCCACACCUUGGAUUCUUGGGAUUGUUGUAAAAGUGGGCAACAGUUGUUUUUGCUAUACAAAAUUAUAAGGAAAAUUGAGAUUUGAUAAUCAUUAAUUCUUUGGAUUUUACUUAGUAAUUUGCCUAAUUAUGAUUAUAUAAAUCAUAGUCUUCAAUCAGAACGUAUAUUUAUAUGAAUUGAGAUCAAUAACACAAAUUAUCUUGGAUAAUUGCAUUUAUUUAAUUUUGAUGGUUCCUCAUUUCUUUAAGAUCUAUUAUAAUAUUUGUGGAUUGUUUUAAUUGCAAAUGAUAGGAACUAUUGAUUAAAAAUAAAUUAUGUCUUGUCAUAUAGAUAAAUAUUUAGAAAAGUAAUACCUCACACUUAGUGUAGAAGCCUUUAUAGAAUAGUCUUUUAAACUUAAAAGAAUCAUCUAUAAUAGUUAAUAUUGUGAUUUUGAAGAAUAGAAAUUCUUACAAUUUUUGGCGAUUGCUGAGAAGGGUCUGAAUAAAUAAGAUUAAGAACCAAUAAACAAUUAACUAAAUUCUUAAGUCUUAAAUUAUGAUAUGUAAAGGUCAAGUUCUGAGAUCUUGUUCAGUUAAAGGGAAUGUAUAGUUAAUUAACUUCCUAAAUCAGUAGAAUGUAGAUUUACACACGAUUAUUAAUAAGAUUAUAAAACUGAACUGAAUGUGAUUCAAGGACAACUGAUUUUGUAAGAAUAAACUUAACAUGACAAGAAUAUAUUUGAGAAUUAAGAGAUUGGAGAUCAUCUGACAGCUUAACGUUAAUCUAAUUAAUAAAAGAGUUCAAAAAUAUAUCAAUCAUCUAAGGAUUAAUCAAGAUAAGACAAAUACUUAAUUGAUGAAAAUACUCUAUACAAAUCCAUGAUUCAAAACAAUUCUAAAAAUGAUCUUAAUCCUUUACUUUUAUAAUUGGCUAUGAAUCAUCUUGCAUUCUCAAAAUUAUUGAUAACAGAAAAAAAAGAAUAGAAAGUUUACUUGAUUAAAAGUAAGUCAAUAUGGCCAAAAUUAUGGGUUAUGAAUUCAUCUGUGUUAACAAUGUUUAGUAAUAUUUUAAUCAUAUUUAAUAGAUAACAAUAACAUUAUAUUAUAUAAAUCAACAAGGAACUUUAUACAUUUAAAUUGGUUAAUACUAAACUACACAUCCAAAAUCAAAGACUCUACAUGUUAUUCGAAAUGGAUGACCAAUUCCAAGAAGCUGAUUAUCAAUUCAUUUUAUUUUUGAGAGAAGCUAAUGUGAGAAAAAAUGAAAGUAUUGAGGAUAAGGUUAUGAAACAUCAAUCAGACUCAUUACAUUACAUAUACUAUUAUUAUUGUUUUUUAAGUCAAAAAGAAGCUAAUUUAUAUUUAUCUUCUGCAGAGAGUAACACUUCAGAAAGCUAAUUGUAUACUCUAAUGGAAUAGUUACUUAAAUUGAAUAUAAUAUUCGGGUUGAGUUAUGAACUAAAAUAGGAUUGCCAAGAUUUUAUGAAAAACAUAAGGAAAUCAGACUAUCAAUUAUUCAUUUAUACCUAAAAUUAGGAAAUUUCAGCUACAUCUAUUUUGUACUAAUCUGAAUUAUUGUAGUAAAAUGAUCUGAUUUUUCAUUUUAAUCAAUAAAACGAAGAAGAUUUAAGAGCCUACUUUAAAUAAUGCUUGGAAGAGUUUGCUAACUAGUUUUCACAUGCCAGCAUAAGUAGUUCUCAAUUUAUAAAAAUAUCUAAUCACAGUGCUCAGAAAGCUACUGAAACAGAUCAUGUUGAUGAAAGAUCAAGAACAAAAAAAGUCGUUGUUAUGUUGAACAAUUCAACAUGCUAAUAAAUCAUGGAAAAUACUUACUUUAAGAACCAUUUAAAAUUAUUACUCAAUUUUACUAAAGUGUUAUUUUUGUAUUAAGCAACCCAAGAUUAAUUGAAUAUUGUCUAAGAAUUAUGGUGUAUACCUGGAAAAACUAUUAAUUUAUUAUAUGAGAAUUAGAGUUUGUUAAGGUGCAUUAAUGGAUGUUAACUUUAAAUUUUAUAAUUGCAAGAAUUUAGUUUAUUUAGAAAUUAGUUAUUUGGUGAAGUAAGCAGUAAGAAUUUCUUUAAAAAAUUGAGUUUAUCUUUAAGAUAGAGAUUAAUUUAUGAGAAAUGUUAUUUUAAUGAAUUGUAAAUCAAUUCAAAUACAGAUGUGAUUAUUCAAGGAUUCAAAGAAUUAGAUAGAUUACUAUUUUUUUAGAGUCCUCUUUUAAAAAUAUUGUUUCGAUCAUUACAAUAAUAAACUGUCUAUAAAACAAUAACGUUUAUCUCUUAUUUUACUUUUUCAUCGAUUCUUUAUACAUGGAACACUUUAGAUUAAUAGGAUUAUUCAGUAGAAAUCAUAUUCUAUUUUUACAUUUAUCAACUCUUUUUAUUUGGUAUUUAACAUUAUUAGUUUCUUGAUGAUUCAAAAUAACUAUAAUACAAUAAGGAUUAAUCAUUGUUGCUAUAAAAAUACUCUAAGCAUUAAUCUGAAACUGAAAUACAGAUAACAAUUAUAAUCAAGAAUAUUUUGUAAGGGAUUUUGGUUUCAUGCAUAUUUCAAUAUGAUAUCUAUUUUCAAGGAUUUUACCUAUAUAUCUUUAUGUCAAUAAGCAUUAGUGAUUGGCUCUACUUAAUAAUAAAUUUUGGAUUGAAAUUUCGAGUAUUAACUUCAUGCAUUUUUCCACUGCUCUUUUACAUCUACACUAUUAUAGACUCCUCAAAAGAUGAAGAAUGGCAGGUUCCGAUUAACAUAUAAGAAGUGUUUUCCAUUAUUUUAGGCGUCUCAUUUUUGUUAAUAACAAACAUUUUAUCCGAUUAUCUAUAAAAUGAUGGUUUAAAUAAUUUACCCACAAGUGAAGAUGAGUUUUUAUCAUAUUUAAAUUAUAUUCAUUUAAUAAGUGCUCCAGCUUAAAAAAGGAAAACUGUGACUAUAUUAUAGAAUAAAGUAAAUGAUCUAUUUGACAAUAUUGAGCAAGUUGAUUUGAGCAUUCAAAAACUGUUACUUAAUGAGCCUAAUUAUCAGAGUAGAUUUGGUUAAUGGACCUAAGAAAUAUUCCAUAAAGCAUAGACUAUUUUAUAAUGGAAAUAAAAAUAAACAGCCCAAUGUCUUUAAUUACUAUUUUAUCAUUGUUCAUUUUUGUUAAUAAUGUAUUUCUACCAAGACAACAACAAUUAUUUUUUGGUAGAUUAUUUUAUAAUUUUUGGCCUCCAAUCUAUUGUAUUCAUUGUGUUUACAUUUAUUCAAUUACCAACCAAUAGAUAACAUUAUUUAGAGUACGCUAAAUUUAUAAUUGCAACAGCUGCCACUGUGUCGAUACUAUUUACUUAAAAUACAUAAGAACACAUUGGUUCUGCUUUAGUUAUGUAGUAUUUUAUCACUUAUAAAUUGUCCAUCAAAUUUCAUCCAAUCUAUGACUAUAGAACUUAUUUGGGCUCAGCUCUAAUCACGAUAAUUGGAUACAUAAUUUGGUACAUCAUUGAGAAUGAAUCAAAUGUUUCCUUCUUAAUUUAAAUAUUGCAAUUCAUAGUCUUAUUUUCAGCAUCUCAAUAUUUUAUUAAGAGUUAUUAUAUACAAUUAGAAGAAGAUUAGGCUUAAAACAAAUUAAAUUUCAUAGAGUAAAAUAAUAAAAUUAAUGACAUCCUUGGAAUACUAUUGCCAAAAUUUAUAAGAGAUAGAUUAAAUGAAACUGAUUAGUACAAUAUUCAUUAAAACUAAGGUUUAGUGGCAAUAGUAUUUUGUGAUAUUUGCAACUUCGAUUAAAUGGUCAUAGAAGAGAAGGAUAAAAUUAUCCCAUUUUUAGAUGACAUUUUUAGAACCUUUGAUAAAUAUUGCUAGAUCUAUGGAGUACAAAAGAUAGAGACAGUUGGAAAGACUUAUUUGGCUUCAGCUGGAUUGAAGGCAUGUGAACAAGAAUUAACAUAUUUAUCAUAGGUUGAUCCUGUUUAGAGAGCAUUAAAUUUGGCUGAAUAGAUGAUGAACUACAUUAGAUCAAAAUAGUGGGGUACUCAAGGACAAUAAUUAGUUGGGAAGAUAGGAAUCCAUUAUGGAGGAGCCAUUAGUGGAGUCAUAGGAUAUCAUAAGCCUUAAUUCUCCUUAAUUGGAGAUACUGUAAAUACUACGAGUAGAGUAUGUUCUACAGGGUUGGAGGAUACAAUAACAUUGUCAGAAUAAGCAUUUGAUUAAAUUAAAAAUGAGAAUAUUGAAUUUGAGAUAAGAAAUGUAGAAAUGAAAGGAUUAGGUAUUAAACCGACUUAUAUAUUUAAAUGUAAAAUUCAAAAUAAAGAGAAUACUCACUCUGUGUUAUAUGAUUAAGAUUUGUAAAGUAGAGAUGCAAGAAGCAAUUAUGUGGUAAGAAAGAAUCCAGAAUUAUUGAAAAAAAACUUGAAAAAAAGAAAGACAAUAUUGACAUACAUAGAUACAAUGAAUCAAAAAAGGGAAUCAAUUUAAGAUAAUGGCAAUCACAAUGUUUUUGGCAUCAAACCCACUGAUCCUGCCUAUUAUUAGUCAUAUGAUGAGAAGUCAGAAUAAUCUCUAGAAAUUAUAUAGAAACAAAGUACCGAUGAAAAAUAGAAACUAUUAUAAUAAAAUUAAUAGCCAAGUACUUUUAAAAGAUUGGUGACUUUGUUUUAGAAUAGAUUUCAAUUAGAAAAUUAUGAACCAGAGAUUGAUGAGAUGAUAGAUUAUGAGUAGUUAUUGAAUGUAAUUUUAUUAAAGAAUGAGUACACUCUAGAACAUAACCUAAUUAAAGAAACUUCAUUCCUUUAGUUGUUAGAGAUUUCAUAUUACAAGAAACAGAUGAAUUAGUUUAUAAGUUAUGAUCAGUACAUGGAGUUUGUAAGAAUUUAAUCUAAGAGUUAAACAAUUUACAAUUUAAGAUUAUACGCCCUAUAUUAUAUGAUAAAACAAUUUUGCUAGAUACAGUUCUACAGUGAUUACAUUAUUGGCUUAAUUGUAUUACAAUGGUUAUGUUGCAUAUUGAACUUAAUUCAAUUUUUAAUUAAUAGAAAACCCUACUUUGAUAAAUGGAAGAUCCUAAUAAAAAUCUUGUUAUUUUUUUAGGUUAUAUUAGCAGGUGUAGUUGUAGUAUUAGAAGAUAGAGAUGAAUUGAAAAAUGUUCAUGUCUAUGAGAUCGUUUUCAUUCAAUGUAUUUUUUGUAGUGUAUAAAUUCUUAGUUUUUGGGUAAAAGUAUUAUUUUGUUUUUUUACAUACUUUUACUCAAUAAUCAUAAUUAUCAUUGAUGGAUCCUAAUUGAUUAGCAUAUUUUUCCUUUUCGUUAGUUCUAUGUAUAAUUUGACUUUAAUAUUAUUCAUCGAACAACAAUAAGUAGGUUGUUUUAAUUAAAAAAACAUUUUUAAAACUCAAUAACAAAAAGAAUCAUAAUUACUUCAGUAUUUAUUGCCAAAACACAUUCUAAAUAAGUUUUUGGAUGAUAAAAUCAACAACAUAGGAAUUUGUGAUAAAUUGGAUAAGUUGACAAUCUUAUUUGCUGACAUUGCUGGUUUUACUGAAUACUCUAGCAAAGUGAAACCUGAAGAAGUGUUGGUUAUGUUAAAGAAUCUAUUUGUGGAAUUUGAUAGAAAAUGCUGUGAAUUGAAUGUCUACAAGUUAUAUACAAUAGGAGAUUGUUAUGUUGCUAUUGGAAUGAUUGAUUUUAAUAAUAGAAAUCCUCAUUAAGAAGCAAAGAAUAUUGUCGAUUUGGCUUUUGAGAUGAUUAAAAUAAUUACCUAGGUUAGAAAGUAAAUUAACUUUGAUGGAUUAAACAUGAGAAUAGGAAUUCACACAGGGUCUGUUUUUGGUGGAGUCAUGGGUACAGAUAUUGUGAGAUAUGAUAUCUAUGGACCAGAUGUGUUAAUUGCAAAUAAAAUGGAAUCAAAUGGAGUUAAAGGGUUUGUGCAUGUUAGUUAAGAAACAAAAGCAUAUUUAGAAUAAGAUUUUGAUGAUCUUUUUACUUUUGAAUUGCACACAACUAUAGAUCUUAAAACAAUUAAAAGAUAGAUUGAAGGAUUUCUAGUACAUAAGUUGGAGCAGGAUCAUUUUCCAGAAGAAGAAGAUUAGUUUUUAAGUUCCUGA